AUGGACAAUUGUAUCCAGUUCUUUGAUUGUUGGAAAUGUUCUGGUUUCUUGAAGAUGAGUACGUGGAUGGACGUGAUCGGUGAUCUGGAGUUUGAGAGCGGCUGCAAGAGGAUUGACGGUGGCGUCUCCGAGAAGGUGUUCUGGACCGUCGUCUUGUGGGUGAUGAACGUUUUUUGUUUCUGCGGUCGGGAGAUUUGGAAGGUCUGGAGUGUUGGGAUCGAUCGGAUUUUUUGUGAUGUGCGUCGGAGUCUUUUUCUGAGGGUAAUCGUUCCAUGUGUUGGUGUCUUCAGGAUCUUCUUGUUGGUGGCAGCGCAUUUCGAGGCGGACAUUAGUCCAGUGUCCAGCUUGGUGCAAGAAGGAUUUGAUGUGAGGCCAAAACCGAGUAUGUACUUGUGGCAUGUUUGUCCGACCAUAGCUUGGGCAAUGGCAAGAAGUUGUUUUGUCGUUCUGCGGAGGCUGAGAUAUGGUUGUUGUUCGGCAGAAGUUGAUGACGUUUCUUUGCUGCGGAUUGAGGGUGAGCCUGGAGGUGUUGAAGGUGGUAAUCUGAGUGGUGGACGACCGAGGCAGCGUGUAUUUCCCCGACGUGAUGUUGACGUUGAAGAGUUCUGGGACCAGUACUGGAAAACUGGUUUCCAAGGUCGAGUUGAGAGUUCUGGGACCAGUACUGGAAAACUGGUUUCCAAGGUCGAGUUGAGGUGUAGCAGUGAUUGGAGCGUAAAGGGCGACACCUUACGGUCCCUGACAUCUUAG